GUAAACUCUAUAAGCCAGGUUGCGUUAUGAAUUUUAUCUCCUCCAUAUUACUAGUGGUGACCAUUUUAUCCUUCACUGCCUACUCCGCGGGAGACGGAGAUAGGCACCUAAAUGAGAACUUAAAUGAAGCUACGGUAAAGAAAACUAAGGAUGGCUGGCAAUGUGCCGGUGUAACAUGCCCUAAGGAGUUUACGGCAUCUUGUAAGGUCACCAAGGUCCUGAAACCAUCUGACCUACAGCAUACCGAACUCCUAAUAUUAUGCAUGGAUAAACAUGAUAAGCCGAGGUGUGGGAUUACGCGAACUCGGAAAGGGGUAAUACAGGAAGUUUUAAACGUGGACGAAGACGGAAAUUCAAUAUAUGACCAGAAGGAGGUUAUUUCGGAAAACGAUGGUACUACAAUUCCUCGGUGCCCACGAAAAUAAAUUAUGUGCACUGAUCGGUUUCACACAAAUAUAUUUUAUCUUCACAAGAAAAAAUAUUGGUAAAGUUUGGCCGCUAGUGUUUAUAUAGAAUUGGAGAAAGAACGAACUUGGAACUAGCAGAACGAACAGAAACAAGAUAACACAAAAAAUAAGAUAACGAAUACAAAAGACAACGAAAAAAAUAUUUCCAUAAAUUGAGCUAAGUUUGAUCUAAAUAAAAAUUAAAUUAAAUUCA